AUGUUCUUCACGGAAAACAUGGAGAAAAAAAAUAAUGUGACCGAAUUUGUCCUCCUGGGUUUUACGCAAAGUCCGGAGAUCCAGAGAACAUUCUUUGUCAUUUUUCUCUUAUCCUAUCUUGUCACCGUGAUGGGGAAUCUGCUCAUUGUCAUAGCCAUAAAGGCCAGUAAAACUUUGGGCACCCCCAUGUACUUUUUUCUGGCCUAUUUAUCAUUCAUAGAUACCUGCUAUACAUCCUGUGUGGCUCCCAAGAUGAUUACAGAUUUGCUUCAGGAGAGGAAAACGAUCUCCUUCAAUGGCUGCAUGUCGCAGCUGUUUGCAGAACAUUUGUUCGCCGGGGCUGAGAUCAUCCUCCUCAUGGUGAUGGCCUAUGACCGCUAUGUGGCCAUCUGUAAGCCCCUGCACUACAUGGCCAUCAUGAGUCAGCGCAUGUGCGGCCUGCUGGUGGGAACGGCCUGGAUGGGAGGCUUCUUUCACGCAAGCAUCCAGGUCCUCUUCACGGUUCAGUUACCAUUCUGUGGCCCCAAUGUGAUCGAUCACUUCAUCUGUGAUUUGUUCCCUCUGUUGAGGCUCGCUUGCACUGACACCCAGGUCCGUGGCCUGUUGGUUGUGGCCAACAGUGGGGCGAUGUGUACUUUAAGUUUUCUCCUACUGGUCUUUUCUUAUGUCAUCAUCUGGAGCUCCUUGAGGACUCACAGUUCUGCAGGGAGACGGAAAGCCCUCUCUACCUGUGUCUCCCACAUUGUCGUGGUCAUUUUGUUCUUCUUUCCAUGUAUUUUCAUGUACAUGAGGCCCGUGUACACUCUUCCUAUGGACAAGUCGGUGGCCAUAUUUUAUACUAUUGUCACCCCCAUGUUGAACCCCGUCAUCUACACCGUGAGAAACGCAGAGGUGAAAAAUGCCAUGAAGAAGCUGUGGAGCAGGAAAGUGAAAUGA